AGACAGCACUCUUGACAUUUGAUACCAUUGCUUUCCUUUCAGACACUCAAAAGCACCAACCAUAAUGACUAUUUAGUGUAAAGUCUGACUGCCCCGGUAACAUUAAUUGAUAUAAUCUCCAAAAUGUAAAAGGGCCUACCCUUAAAACGCCUUGUGUUCUUCACCCUUACAUUUUCUCUACAUGAUAUAUUUACUGAUAAUUGACCGAUCGGAAAGAGGGGAGACUUUAUGAUGACAGGCUCUCGAACUAAACAACUAGUUCUCCACACUCCUGUCAUGUCUUUUUUUUUGUUUUUUUGCAAUAAAAGCUAUGUGUAAAUAUGUCGCCUCUUGGGUGUUUUUGUUUUGAUGUUGUUGACAGAGCUGCGAGAAGACAACAAAAUAAAAGAUGCACUCAGUUGAACUCGGACACCACUGUCCAGACUUCUAAUGGCUUAGCAAAAACAAAAAAACCAGCCCUGCAAAGGACGCUUAUUAAUGUUUAAUACCCCUCACAUCCGAAAUGAAUAUACGUGUCGUUCGCAGCAUCCUCCAUGCAGUUUUCCAGCGCUAUCACAUCCUGAUAGGAUGCAUCGGGUCAUGUGACGGGAAGCGCAGCAUUUUCAGCUGAAAACGAGCUAGGAUAGUCGGGAAUCGCAUAUCCAGGAGUUAAUCCCGGUAUGGGGGACAUGAAGACCCCAGAUUUUGAUGACCUGUUGGCAGCAUUUGACAUUCCUGACAUAGAUGCCAAAGAGGCCAUCCAGUCUGCCCCAGAUGAGGCAGAGGGACCCCAUGGAGCUGCGGGCGCUCCUCUGGGGAAGUCGGACAGCGUGGUGGGAGUUGGGUCAUCCUUGAGACCACCGAGUCCCUCAGACCCCCAGGCCGACACCUCAAUUGUUAGUGUGAUUGUGAAGAAUAAAGUACGGCUUGAGACCGCAGAUGGAGGGGACGGAGACACGGACCAGGACCCUAUCGAUGUGAUCGCAGGGGUAGAUGUGGGUCCUAGACUAGGCGCGUGUGCCCCUGGAAUGGCUGAAUCCGAGGCUCUCAACCACAACGGUUUUGGGGCGUCUGGUGUCUCCACUCCCCUUCCCCUCAGUCAGACCCAGUCUAACGGAGCGCCGUGGUCGAUGAACACCCCUAAAGUGUCUGCAGAAGCAGCAGGUGCUGGUGCAGCCAAGUCUCACAAGCAGGGCGGGAACAUUUUCAACAGACUUAAACCGCUUGUGGCGCAGGGAUCUGGGGAUCCAGUGGGCCGGGCCAGAAAGAUGCAGCUUCUACAGCAGCAGCACCAGCAGCAGCAGGAUACAGGCCAAGAGAGGGCAGAUGGGGUCAAAGCGUCAUUACCUUCAUCUUCUUCUCUGUCAGCUGGGUCGUCUCCUCUGGCUGCAGGUGGGCCUGUCGGACUAGCCUCGCCUUUCUUUCCACCCUCCAAGCCUCUGCUUCCCACUCCGCCUUCUGCCCUCUCAUCACACCCUCUGCACUCAUCUCAGCCUUUUAACGGUGCUCCCAAAGGUGGCCCUGCUGGAUUUCAGCACCAGCAGAUGGAGGAGGAUGAUUCUGACCCUGAUUUGGGGAGUCCACUGGUGAUCCAAGAGAGCCCAGACUCCCCGACUUGCACUCAGCUGAGCCGGCGUUACAAGUCUGACUCUGUCUCAACCCAGCCCGCGUCCUCUACUGCAUCUCAACCUAAACCGGGGGAUACUCCUUCAGGGGCGUCACUGACUUCAUCAACGCCUCAGUCUGGCUCAACAGAGAGUCCCCAGCGAGAUGACAGGCAUCCAGAACACGUCAUAGAGGAGAGAGACUCACCAGAGAGUCCUGAACCAGAGAUGCCAAAGUCAACUGCUCAAGUCGCAGCUAAAAGGUGCUCCAGCCCUGCGGUGGCCUCCACUCCACCUCCUUCUGAACUUCGGGAGCCUAAAGAGGAGGAGGAAGAGAUGGAAGUGGGGAAUGGGAUUGAGAGGGUCGCUGAUGGCAAAGCUGACAAGGGAGAAAAUGCAAGAACAAGUGAGGAGAAGAUGGAGGUAGAUGAUGGCAAGUCUAAACCCCUGUCCACUGACGGAGGAGAAGCCGCCGUUGCCGCACCGGCUGCUUCUGGAGCUCCAGCCCGACCCCUCAAAGUCAGAAUAAAAACAAUUAAAACCUCCACAGGUGGAAUCACAAGAACUGUCACAAGAGUAGCGCCUAAAGGUGGCGCUGCAGGGAAAGGUUUGGACCCUAAAGGUCAAACAGGGGAACGUAAGGUGCUCGCAAAUAAGGCUCAAAAACUUGAAGCUUCCCCUGGUCACAUGACAACAACUUCCCAGAAAGUAAGUGCUCUCAAUGCUCUGCCUGUGUCUACACUCGCAGCCAGCAGCGUCAUGCUAGCUGCAGCCACGAAGGUCCAAAACAAAAUGGCAGCGUCUGACAAGGCCAAGGUUUCCGCCACUGCCGUAAGCAUCACUAAAUCUGCUGCCCUGCCUGUAACCCCUGCUGUGGCUUCAUCUCCCAAGUUCUCAGUUGCUGCUGGUGGGAUCAGCGUUCGCACAGCCACUAAUAAGACCGCUAACGGAGGUAGCGGCACCAUCAUAGGCGGUACCCUCCAGCCAAACAAACCUGCCUCCAUCGUCAACAGUACAGGUGCCGUCAUCUCCCGCAGUCAGUCAAGCCUGGUGGAGGCUUUUAACAAAAUCCUGAACAGUAAGAACCUUUUGCCGAGCUACAAGCCCGACCUCUCAGCACCUCCGCCGCCUGAGUGGGGUCUCCCGCUCCCCGCCACAGGGUACCGCUGCCUGGAGUGCGGAGACGCUUUCGCCCUGGAGCGCAGCCUGGCUCGACACUACGACAGACGAUCACUGCGCAUCGAGGUCACCUGCAACCACUGUGCUAAGAGGUUGGCCUUCUUCAAUAAGUGCAGCCUGCUGCUGCAUGCCAGGGAGCAUAAGGAGCGCGGGCUGGUCAUGCAGUGCUCACACCUGGUCAUGAGGCCUGUCACUGUGGAGCAGAUGAUUGGACAGCAGGACAUAACGCCCAUAGGUGGCCUGCUCUCCUCUUCGUCCUCCUCUCCUCCAGUCUCCUCUCCUUCUACCACGACAGGAGGCUCCGCUGUCUCUGCCAACUCCAGCCCGAUGAAGGAUGCUUCAGCGCCAGCAGCAACUCAGCCUCGACCGGUCCGCCGCGCUCCUCAGGGCCCCCAAGCGUUGAUGCCUUUGCCUUGCAAGAAAGCCGAGGGGCUGCAGUACAACAACUUCAAAUGUCCAGAGUGCCAAACACAAUUCUCCAGCAAGACUGAGCUGGUCACCCACUUCCAGCAGAUCAGAGCUGCUCCCAACUCAACAUGUACGCAAUGCUCGCCUCCCAUGAUGCUGCCUAACUCGUGUGCCGUGUCCGCCCACCAGAGGAUUCAUAAACACAGAGCGCCCCACGUCUGUCCCGAGUGUGGUGGGAUUGCCCGGCAGGCCAGCUUCCAGACCCACCUGGAGGAGGCCUGUCUGCACUUUGCCAGGCGCAUUGGAUACAGGUGUUCAAGCUGCCAGGUUGUAUUCGGAGGGUUAAACUCCAUCAAGUCCCACAUUCAGACUGCUCACUGCGAGGUCUUCCACAAGUGCCCCAGCUGCCCCAUGGCCUUCAAGUCUUCCCCCAGCGCCCAGAGUCACAUCAGCACUCAGCACCCAACGCUCACUGGAGGACAGGCCAAAAUGAUCUACAAAUGUGUGAUGUGUGACACGGUUUUUACCCAAAAACCCUUGCUGUACAUGCACUUUGACACUCAUUUAGCCAAGCAAAAAGUGCAUGUAUUCAAGUGUCCUGACUGCACCAAGCUCUACGCCCAGAAAGGAUCGAUGAUGGAGCAUAUCAAGACUGCUCACAGAGGUCCAUCAGCCAAACAGACAGAGUCUCAGUCCGAUGCCUCUAACCCCGCCUCAGCCCCGACCAACACAUCCGGUCCCUCCGGCCUCAAAUCCAAAUCCUCCGGAAAACCCGACAACUCCGACGGAGAGGACUGGGGGCGGGAACAAGAAGAAGAAGAAGAGGAGGAAGACGACGAUGACGACGAUGCGGACGAGGACUACGAGGCUCCGGGGAGUCACUCGACCUCCGCGGGGGGCAGCAGCCAACCUGCUGCCCAGACUGAGUGGACCUGCCCCCAGUGUCAGACCACCUUCACUGACAACGAAGACUAUCUGGGUCACGUGAAGAUGGAGCACGGCAAGAUAUUGCACAGAAGGCAAACGCACCUUUGGCAGUCGGUUCUUACUGGACAAACAUAUUCGGCUCCAUCACAGAACCACAGAUGGACAGGGUCCCCCCAUGACCAGGAAGCGUGCAGCCACAGGGGGUGAAGGACCAGGUAGCUCCUCAGAACAAGACGGCGAGGGCGGACCUCCUGGAGGCAGGACAGGAGACGAGGAAGAAAACGCCACAGAGGAUGGCGAGGAUGGGGCAGGUCCUGCAAAGAGAACCAGGGGGUCCAUUGCAUCCACAUCGCUGGCGCCAAACGAGCUGGAAGAGGAAGACAACAUCUUCCGUUGCGUCCCCUGCGGCUUCUCCACCGAGGACGGCGCGGAGUUUCAGCGCCACAUCCCCCAGCAUCGGGCCGACACCGCCUCCUUCCAGUGCCUGCAGUGCGGCGUCUGCUUCGCGUCAGCCGGCUCUCUCAGCAGGCACCGCUUUAUCACUCACCGCGUGCGGGACACACAGAGCGACGCAGACCGCGGCACCCCGCGCGCUCAAGGCUCUCCCGACGGCUCGCCCGCCGGCUCCCCUCAGGCGCUGGGUGAGGACGGAGACGGUAAUCUGAGCUGUAAGGUGUGCGGUCGGCGUUUCGACAAGGCCUCAGACCUCAACACCCACUUCAGGACCCACGGCAUGGCCUUCCUCACCGCACACAAGACAGACAAGCCCCAGUAGACGGGGGGGAGGGAGUCCUCUAAGACUGACAGAUCGUCUACAUGAGGAGUCGUGACGGAGGCGAGAGGCUGUAGAAUAUGAAUGUUGAUCCUGAGAUGAAACAGAGCUGCUUACUGGGCAGUUUUUUUAGUCACCAUAAACAGUUUUAAUCUAUCUAUGGCACCUCUUCUGUGCAAUUGUAAUUGCAUGUUUGAUCAUGUUACUGGUCACUUAACUAAACACACCUGUGAUAGACUCUUGAGUAAAGAGUGGAAAGGCUCCUGAACAGCGCCCCCGCCCCGAGUAAAGCAUUUAUAUAUUAGCCAUACUGUCUAAUACGUCUUGUCCUUCCAUUUUACUCUCACUCUGCACUGACUGUAGCCACUUGCCUGUUUUGUCAUCUAACACACUUAAAUACAUACACCUCCCACUGUACUCCUGACAGCUGUAGUGCCGAUAUUUUUGUACUUCGCAUUGUUCACGGUAUUCAUGCUCAUUUUCCCCCGGCAUUAGGUCAGUUUUAACAGCUCCUGAGGCUGGCAAAACUGACCUCAAGCCAAGAUCUCAAGACGUCUGAAGCAUGAAGGGGAGUGUUUGGAGAAUUUGACACUGAUUUUUAUGUUGCUAUGAUAUUUAUUUAUACGAAACACAUUACUGCUGUUGGUAUGUGUGCGAGACGGUCGCGUCAAAUCUUACCAGACGUGGUGCGAUUGACCCGCAGCAGAGACACGAGGCGAGAAUCUCUGAAAGCAUUUCAUUAGGAGACGAGGUUACUGGAGGGCUGUAACCUGUGUAGUGUGAAUAAUGUGUGAUGUUGUUAAUCGUUAAGCUAGAAGAAGAGGAGAGGUCAGGCUUCCUGCCAGUAGUAUAUGUGUACGAGUUUUGCCAUGUAAAUACAUAUAGUUACACUAAAAGAAAGCGUUUGGUUUUAGUAACUUGCUAUGAUAAUGUGAAUACGUAUAGUAUUUGUACUUGUACUGUUCCCUUUUUUUCCAAACAAUUUCAAGUUUAAAAGAAAAAGAAUUCCCCCCAGAGGUAGCUAUACAUUGUAAUUACAAAGCGGAGGGAGCGCGUGGGGGUUGUGUUGUCUUAAUGUGUAUGAAUACAAAUGUUUAUCUCUUUGAGACGGUUCUUUUUUAUCUACAGAAUCAGUGCUUGCUGUAUUCACAUUUCUUUUGUAUGUUUCAAAAACAGCCUCCAUGGCCUAUGAGUGGAUUUUUUUUGUUUGUAUCUUUUAUAUGUCAUGAUAUCAUAUUUAUAUAGCUCAGUAGUGGAAACUUCAUGUCAUUUUCUUUUCCAUGGUUGUGGUCUGCUUGCUGAAAAUGCCAUACACUUUUUGUGCUGUUUCGAAAAUAAAUGUGUAAAAGAGA